AAUAAGAGAGGGAGAGAGAGAGAGAGAGAGGGGAGUACCAUAACUCCUGUUUUCUCUCAGAUUCUUCUCUUUCUCCGCUGUUGAUCGCAGCCAUUCCCUUUUCGCAGAAUUUUCUCACUUGGGAUUUUCAUACAAUGGCGAUAGUUUUGGAUGAGCCGGAGAAUAACCGGAAAAGCAAGCAAAAGAAACUCGUUCGUAAAAGGAAGCUCCUUCAUGAAAAAGUAGAGGUAAGGAGUGUUGAGGAUGGUUUUCUUGGCUCUUGGCAUUCAGGAACCGUCAUUGCAUUUGAUAAGCAAGUUCGCCAUGUCAAAUACGAUCAUCUCCUUACAGAUGAUGGUUCUCAGACUCUUGUCGAUAUUGUGGGUGUUUCAGCUAUUGUAGAUGGCAGUAGUUGUGUCAAUAUGAAUCAUUGUAAUUAUCGUGGAUGUCUAAGGCCUGUGCCACCUCCAUUGGAGUUUGGUAAAUGGGACCUUUCCUAUGGCCUAUGCGUGGAUGUGUAUUACCAGGAUGCCUGGUGGGAAGGUGUGGUUUUUGACCGCAGAGAUGGUCUGGAGGAGCGGAGGAUAUUCUUCCCAGAUUUAGGGGACGAAAUGACUAUUGGUGUUGACUCAAUGAGGAUUACACAGGAUUGGAAUGAGUUUACAGAAACUUGGCAUCCUCGUGGAACCUGGCUUUUUCUCGAAUUGGUUGAAGAAUAUGAGCAAGAGCAGUAUGUUCCUGUGUCUGUGAAGCAAAUAUGGUAUGAUCUGCGGGAGAAACCGGAUUUUAAAAAGCUUGAGGAGUGGACUUCUUCUGCAAGAGCAUUGUGGGAAGAUCUGGUCUUGCAAGUGAUUGAAGAUAACCUUAAAAUCACUGUGAACUAUUUUUUAAGAUUACAAGCUCUUUCUAGUUCCUACCAGCAAGAAACCCAGCCAAUGCUGGGAGCUUCAAAAUGUUCUUCUUGUGAUGCUGAUGCUUAUUCUGAAGGAGAUUGUGCUGACAGUCAAGCAGUUGUACUGGUUGAGAACCCAACAGAUAUUGACAUGAUUAAUCCAGAAUCGGCUGUUUUUCAACCUGCUCAAGAGGAAUCUGAUAUGAAUCAUCUUGUAUCUAUUCCCGAGGAUGAUGAGUUAAAAGUGAACAUCUUGACCAGAUCAAGUGAGCCCUGCCAGGAUAAAGCAAUAUGCGUGGAGCCUCUAGGUUUGCCUAACGUGUCUUCUGUCACAGGUGGAAUUUCAGGGGUGAAUUAUAUAGCCCAAAGUGACAAGAUGAACAAUGAAACACACAGAACCUCAAGUCCUGGGAAUGUACCAAGGGCAAAAGUGCAUUAUCGUAGGAAAACAGAUCAGCACAGUAGGGCAGAAGGGAGGAUAACUCGUGAUGGAAUCAAAUGUAGUUGCUGCGGCAAGGUCUAUAGUCUUAGUAGCUUUGAAGUUCAUGCUGGCAGCACUUGCCACAGACCAUCAGCCAACAUCUUCUUGCUAGAUGGAAGGUCUCUGCUAGACUGUCAGCGACAAGCAAUAGGUGAGAACAAUAUGAGGAACAAAUCAGAUCUGUAUCCUAGUUUGAAGGGCAGAUGGCGUCCAGGUGAAAAUGAUCACAUAUGUUCCAUCUGUCACUAUGGGGGUGAACUGAUAUUGUGUGAUCAAUGUCCAUCAUCAUUCCAUAAAAGUUGCCUUGGGUUGAAGGAUGUUCCAGAUGGUGAUUGGUUCUGUCCAUCAUGCUGUUGUGGAAUUUGUAAACAGACUGAAGUUAAAAAAGAUGCUCUACUUUUCAAAGAUGAUAUAGUUGUCACUUGUGUGCAAUGCCAACAUAAAUAUCAUUUAGGGUGCCUACAGAGAAAAGGAUUACCUAGACUGGAAACUUGUGCAAAAGACCAUUGGUUUUGCGGGAAAAGUUGUGAAGAGGUAUUUUUGGGCCUUCAUAGGCUUUUGGGAGAACCAAUUCCAGUAGGUGCAGACAACCUAACUUGGACACUAGUGAAGCCGUUACUACCAGAUAAUUGUGAACUUGAUGUGUUUGAUACUGAGGUGUUGAUAGAGAAUCAAAGCAAGCUCAAUAUUGCACUUGGUCUUAUGCAUGAGUGUUUUGAGCCUGUCAAAGAACCUUACAGCCAGAGAGAUCUCAUUGAAGAUGUUAUCUUUGGCAGAGGGUCAGAGCUUAAUCGUUUGAACUUCAGAGGCUUUUAUACAGUACUUUUGGAGAGAAAUGACGAAUUGAUUACUGUGGCUACUGUUAGGGUUUAUGGAAAGAAAGUUGCAGAAGUACCUCUUGUUGGUACAAGGUUCCAAUACCGUCGACUUGGGAUGUGUCGUAUUUUGAUGAACAAGCUAGAAAAGAUGCUCAUGAAUUUGGGUAUUGAGAAGCUGGUUUUGCCUGCUGUUCCUAGCGUGCUGAACACAUGGACUGCAUCAUUUGGAUUUUCAAAGAUGACGACUUUUGAGAGGUUAAAGUUUGUGGAUUAUUCUUUCUUGGAUUUCCAGGAUACUGUCAUGUGCCAAAAGACUUUGACAAAGAGCCCUUCAGCAGAGCUUAGUGUAUCAAGAGGAAAUCAGUCUGAUAAUAUCUUGAGAUGCAGUGAUAGUAUUGAUCUUGAUGGUUCCACUGCCAUCUUGGAAGUAUUUCAAGCAGAACAAACUGUGGAAAACAGAAAUAUGGAUGGACAGAUGGAGACAAGUGCUGGUUGUGAAAGCAAUGGCCAUGAAUGCCCUCUUCAUCUGGUUGAUAUGACGAACCAACAUACUCUUAUUGAGAGUAAACCAUGCCUUGAUAUAAUUAAUCCAGAGUGUCCAGUAGAAGAUGCCGAUUUCCAGACUGAGAGUGCAACUGAUCGUUAUGCUAAGUGCUACAGACGACGUAAAAUAUUGAACCUCCAGUCUAUUUCUUUCUCUAUAUGAUAUGAUGAUUUGGAAAUAAGUUCCAAGUGCACCAUGUCUGUAAGAUUGUCAAAAGAUACAGUUUUGACUGGAAGCAGAGGACUUCAAAUUUUGUUAGACAAGGACAUCAAGAUUUCUUUCUUUUCUGAAAUCUAUCUGGAUCUUGAAUUGGGUUAUUUUUAUUUAUUUUACAGUUUUUGGAAAGUUAGAUUCAUGUAAGGUUAAUGAUGAAUUUCCUUUUUGGUGCAUGGAAGCGCAAUAUAGUUUAUGAAUGCAACCA